AUGGCAAACCCGGUGAUUGUAUGCUCCCAUACUGUGAAUGGUGUUUCCAAAGUACAUCCAGAAUUGCUAAAAGCAAAAUUAUUCAAGGACUUCUAUGAGCUGUGGCCUCUGAAAUUUCAAUGCAAGACAAAUGGUGUUACCCAGAGGAAUGGUGAGACACACACCUCCAAAGAUGAUAAGAAACAUUUGCCAAUCUUUUAUUAG